UGACAGUCUGACAUGUGCGUUUUUGAUGCCCCUCAACACUUAACUUAACCUACCUAACAAUACCUUAGGUACCCAACGAUACCUGCCUCUCAGCCAUAGCAUAGUCAUGCGUCAGGAAAGAAUAUGCUGUUGGCUUGGCCGGAGGACCUGCACGCAUAAUCGGACAUUCCUCGAUCUACCGGCUUCCGUCCGACGGCGAAUAUAUGAUUACGCAGGUCUCAUUAGCGGAAGAUCGGUCUACAUACACUCAUUAAAACAACCUCACGAAGACUUCGAAGGGGUUAAUCAUGCUAGAAAAAGAUUCGAAAGUGACCCUUGUACAGAAUGUGAUGAGCUCCAUUUCACAUUUCACCUCCUUCAGACUUGCAAAGCCGUCUAUACCGAAGUUAGCGCUAUUGUCUACUCAGAGAAUGACUUAGUCGUUCCCGACGGGGCUGUAGAGGAUGGGCUCCGUAUUCUUGGCAAUAUUACUCCCUCUGCCUGUAGCAAGCUGACCAACUUAUACGUACAUCUCAGCAUGACUGGUGGCUACUGUCCCGGAGGUUAUAUCCGCGACAGUAGAAAGACCGAGCCUAUUCGAAAAAGUCGCAUUGCUGCAUGGCAAAAAACUGCAAAGCAUAUUCUCACACACUCGAGUCCUCAAAAGCUUAGGUUGCACUUUAUCUGCGACUUGAAGUCGCAAAUAUCUAUCGUCUCUGAUGUGCUGGCACCUUUCCAUGAUUCCCCCGGAAGUAUCAAAGACUGCGCACUGCGUCUCAAUCGCAAGAAAUAUAAAUACGAUAAAGAUAAUCACAACAACAAAUAUAAACACGACAAAGAUAAUCAUGGCAAAGAUGAUCUCUAUUCUAUGGCCCGACAAGCAGCCAUCAUAGUGUCGGCCAGUCCUUCUACUCGUCUCGAUCAGCCUUUCCGGUUCCUUGAUCUCCCACAAGACCUCCAACAAUCAAUACUCAAAUACACCGAUCUGAUCACUCCUACAAAUGAAGUCCGGUGGAAUCCACAACGUGGCUUUUACUUUGAGUAUCCUAUAGAACAUGGGACGGCCUAUCACGGCCGUUUUAUAUGCGCAGACUAUCAUCAUAACCUUGGAUGUUUUUGCAUGAGUGAGCACUGUGUUUACUCCUCUCGCUGCCGAUGUUGGCGUCCCCCGCAGGCCUUAUUCCUUGUUAGUCGAGCCAUGUAUGAAUCUUCUCGAGCCGUUUUUUAUACCUAUAAUCGCAUAAUUAUCAUCCCGAUCAUGGGAAUAUGGCAGGGCCGCUCACACUUUCUAGCUGGAUUCGAAACCUAUAUAUUCGUCACGAAGGUUCUUAACCCUGAUACACUAUCUUAUCUUCGUUACUUGGAGUUAGUAUGUGCACCUUUUGAGACGCGUGACUCUUCGUCAUCAUCGGAUCACGUACCGUAUUGUCACUGGCUGGAUAGCGUCGACUCCCUUAGGACCCAUGCGAAUCUCCCCGUCUUAACGAUAGCCAUCUAUAUGACUCGCUUUGAGCCGGAUACAUACAGGAUAGAUGAAGGAAGUCGGAAGAGGGUAAUCAAUAAAGCAUUUGGAGAGGGCAAUUUCAUCUUGGAUAACAACGAAGAUUUGACGCUGAAUACCUAUGUGGACAUUCUGCUACCCUUUCGAUCGCUAACAUGUAUAGGACGGUUCUUUGUUUUCUUCGAGUGGGCAGGAAGAUAUUGGAAAGACGAAGAAAAUCAGCGUGAGAUUAAUUACCGCUUGUCAGAGGUGGAAAGGUGGCUCGAGCAGGAGGUGAUGGGUAGCGAGUACGACAGCAGAGCGUUGGGGAAGGCGGACAUUAAACAUAGCCAGUGGUUCCAGGCCGUUCAGGACUACCAUAGUAGGAUUUGGGGAUGAAUAAUAUAAUUUUGAAUAAUAUAGGAAUUAUUCCUGUAUUAUUCAGUGCUUUAGAAACCCUAUACUUUAGGGACUCACAUUAACGGAAUUCUUUUUGUCUCAACACAGGUGACAAGCCAAAUUCGAUGAACCUUUUGGAUGA